CUUACAGGGCAACCAAAAAGGACCUGAGAUCCUUUGAAAAAAAAAAAAAAAAGGAUGUUUGAGGGGACUCACAAAAAUGAUUAUUAAACUGUUGUUUUACUAAUUACAGUACAUCUGUACCCUUUAAUAGGUUGACACAGGAUGGUAGUAGGAUGGCACAGCUGGGCCCAUAAACAAACUCUCUGUCUUGCUUUUGUUGACCUAAAUGGCCGUCCUCUGGAUAAAAUGGAAGCCUUUGCCAUGAAUUAAGUGUUGGAUUAAAGGAGACCAUGGUUCUCCGUCAUCAUGGAUACCAGGCCGCGGUCCACACUGCAAACUGCAUAAAGACUCACAUGAUGUCUCACAGGCUGAGGGGAGAACAUAGAGUCAAGAAGUGAGAGAUAUCUUUGCAGAAACAAAAAUGGAAAUGAAGUAAGAAAAGGAGGAAACUGGUCGGAUUUUAGAAAAAGGGUGACGAGAGAAGAGGAAAAAAGGAAGGGUACCGAUCCCAUCACCACCACCAUCACACCAUCAUGUCUUGCUCAAAGCCAGAGCAGCUUCUAGCCAAUGAGCUGAGCUGCCCCAUCUGCCUUCACCUCUUCUCUGAUCCGGUGGUUCUUCCUUGUGGCCACAACUACUGCCUUGCCUGCAUCCGCAAGGCAUCUGACUCCAUAGACAGGCAUGGCAAAGAAUUCCCAAGGUGUCCUGAAUGCCGGGAGGAGUACGAAGGCAUUGAAACAUUGCAGAAGAACUUCAAACUCUGCAGUAUUGUCGAGGGUUAUCGAGCCGCGGCACUGCUGCAGGACAGCACGCCAGAGGUGGAGCAGAAGCUGCAGGUCUACUGUGACCAGUGCAUAGACGAGGCGUCGCUGGCAGUGAAGACCUGCCUGAAAUGUGAGGUGUCACUGUGUGCCAGACACCUUCAGAGGCACCAGGAGAAGGCAUCGUUCAAGGCACACUCACUGGUGAAUCCUCACAACGAGCUGGGGGUGCGGGGCUGCGCCAUGCACGGGUGUCCCCUGGAGUACUUUUGUUCCAGCGACAUGACCUCACUGUGCGCCUCAUGCUUCAUUGAAGGUUCUCAUCAGAACCACGAUGUCCUCACCUUUGAUGUGGCCGAGGAGGAGAUGAGACGGGCACUGGAGAGCCGCAGAAAGAUGGUUUCUGGCAGGCUGCAGAUGACAGAGACUCUUCUGCAGAAGGCAGCAGAGGAGCAGGGCAUCUCUGAAGCCAUAGGAGACAAAGUGGUCAACAAAGCUGUCACACUACUGGACAACAUGGCAACACUGGUGGACAGUUACAGGGAGCGUCUCAGUGUGCUGUUGGAGGAGGAGAGAGGCCAGCGCAGAAAGAGCUGGCAGCACGGACUGAAUGCCCUGGAGGACCAGCAGCAGCAGCUACUGGAUGCCCAACAAAGUGCCACAGAGGCCCUCAAAGAGACAGACAACUGCCUCUUCAUACACAAGUUCAUGAGGAUUGAGCAUCAGCUGAGAGAAGUGGUCACAGGCACCAUGCCCACCAUGAUGCCCUCGCAGACUCCUCUCAACACCAAGCGGCUCUGUGACAGCCUCAAAAUCCAGGAGUUCCGCUCAGAAGUGAGCCACCUGCUGGCCUCCCUGCAUGUCCUGCUCAACCCGCUGCAGCUCACCUUCAACCUCAGCACCGCUCACCCAAGCUUGACGCUCUCCAGUGACCUGCGCACCAUCAAGUACAGCUCCUCCAAGCAUUCGUAUGGGGAGAACCUGGAGCGUUUCACAAGCGCACCCCAGAUCCUGUGCACCCAGGGGUUCUCAGGUGGGGAACAUGUGUGGGUGGUAGAGUUGGGGCCAAACAGUAUGUGGUCACUGGGCCUGUGCUACAAGAGCAUCCCUCGCCGUGGCGACCACAGUCGUCUGGGACACAACACCGUCUCCUGGCGACUGCAGUGGAAAAACAGGAAGCUGACAGCGUGCCACGCCUCCUCCAACGUGGCACUGGCGGAAAUGACCAUUCAGCCUAUGAGAAUUGAGGUGGCUCUUGACUAUGAGGACGGGACACUGGUGUUCCACAGUACCAAAGGACACAGGCAGCACCUCCACACCUUCAGGGCCACGUUCAGGGAACCGGUUUACCCAGCGUUCAGUAUCCACUCCAACACACCGGAGUCUUGGAUCACACUGCAGAGUGGGUUGUGAACCCCUCGCUAAAAGAGAGUACUUCUACAGAUCUGUUCCUUCGCUUUGUUUCCAGGGCAUCACUGAUCUUAAGCUUUUUCCAAAUUAAUCAUUGCAAACCUUUUGUUUACAAACAUCUCAGCCAUUUACCUAAAUAAUCUAAUUUACUGGACUGUAUAACCUCAUUCCUCAUGAUUAGUUUCUUUAAAAUCAUAUAGUUAAAUACAAAUAAUUUUAAAUGCAUUAGUUCUGAGGUUUUUUAGUAUGAUGUUCAUAUUUUGCCUAUGUAGUAAAACUUAAAUGACAGCUACCAGAGUGUUGUGUGUGUGUGUUUUACUUGUUCAUAUACAGUAAAUGUCAAUGUAGGUAAAGCCUGACCUUAAGUUUUGUCACAUGCUCUGUGUUUAUGCUACAAA